AUGCCGGAAAAUGGUUUUUCCAGGCUUUCCGACGACGUCGUCCUCAACAUCCUCUACAAGCUCGAGGAGGAUCCCCGGUGCUGGGCCCAGGUCGCCUGCGUCUCCCCUAAAUUCUCCUCCCUAAUCCGCACAAUCUGCUGCAAAACCAAAUGCUCGCAGUCGAUCCCCGCCGUUAUCUCCGAUCUCCUCUCGCCGGCGUCGCCUCCGCUGCCACCCGACGUCUGGGCGUCGCUGUACAAGCUCUCCGUCUGCUGCCCGGGCCUCCUCCACUCCGGCGUCCUUCUCGAGAACUCCGAUUUCGGGCUCGAGCGCGAGCUAGGACCCGACGAGAAUUACCUCGAGCAAAGAUUGUUCCGGCCGAACGAACCCGCCGCCACCUCCGCCGCCGCCGCCGCCGCGUCGUCUAGCCGAAGCACCGGCGAGGCCGACUCCACCGACUGCAUCUGGUCCUUGUACGACGAUCUUCUAUUCGAUACCCUAUACACCGAUUCAGAAACUUUGGAAAAGCCCGAAAUGAAACCCGAAAUUGGGGAAAUCGAAGAAGAAAAUCCCGAAUUCUCCUCCGCCUGUAAGAGGAGGAAGAAAACCUGCGGCAGCGGGUCCCUCAGGUCACAUCUGGCCGCCGGGAUUUGGAAUCUCAGCCGCGAGCAGGGGAACAAGCUGCUGGGUAGCCGGUUUAAGGACGAUUGCCUGUACAUAUGCGAUUGGCCAGGCUGCAUUCACGUUGGGGAGAAAAGGAAUUACAUGCUUUUUCGGGGGAUUUUCAAGGACUUCAAGCAGUCUAGGGUUUGGAGGACGAUCAACGAAGGUGGCCGGAGCAAGAUCGACUUGCAUUGCGCGUUUUGCUCGUCUACCCAGACAUGGGACCUUCAUUCCUCGUUUUGUUUGAGAAGGCAUUUCGGGUUUCAUGAUGAUGGUGAGCCCUUUGUUCGGGCUUAUGUGUGUGAGAAUGGACAUGUCUCGGGGGCGUGGACCGAUUGGCCUCUCUACACUUGA